AUGUCGAAGAAGAGGAACUGGAGUGAUGACUACGUACGAUUUGGUUUCACUUUGGUGAUGGGUAAAGACUUGUUACCGAAGGCUCAAUGCAUUCUCUGCAGUACCGUUUUUGCGAACACGAGUUUGAAGCCUUCGAAGCUCGAAACCCACUUUCUCAAGCACGGAGGAGAGAAAUCUGAAGGCAACGAUUUGGAAUCGCUGAGAAUCAAGCGAGCCCGCUUUGAUUCACGCGGCACACUGCCGAGCAUGAAGCGUCAAUCGUGCAUGGUUGACAAACCAAUUCUGACCGCUCCUUAUCAAGCUGCUCGCAUGAUUGCCAAGCAGAAGAAAGCGCAUACCAUCGGAGAAAAUUUGAUUAAGCCACUGUUCUUGCAGAUGGCGGAGACCUUGAUCGGAAAAGAGAUUCGUGAGAAAUUCGAGAAAGUUCCUAUGUCGAACAACAUAGUUCGCGAAAGGAUAAAUGACAUGAGCGAGGAUAUCUUGGAUCAAAUUGUCACUGAUCUGAAGGAAACUCCCUCGAAAAUCUCCCUACAGUUGGACGAAUCUACCGAUGUCUCCAGUUGCAGCCAGCUACUCGUUUUCGUUAGGUAUGAAAAGAAUGGAUCUAUACGAGAAGAUUUGUUGCUCUGCCGAACUCUCGAUACAACGACCACCGCGGAGGAUGUUAGGCGAGUCGUGAAAGAGUUCUUCGAAAGUAAGAGCCUGGAUUUAGGCAUCAUCGGAUCCAUUUGUACGGACGGUGCGCCGGCGAUGCUUGGUAACAAAUCCGGGUUCUGUGCUUUAAUGAAACAAGAAAUUCCAGGCUUGCAAAUCACCGAUUGCUUCCUGCAUCGGCAUGCUCUGGCAGCAAAAACGUUGCCGUCGGAAUUGAAUGAAGUCCUGAACUUGUCUGUAAAGGUUAUCAACUUCAUCCGCGGUCGCGCUCUCAAUCAUCGGCUGUUCAAGACUCUUUGUGAAAGUAUGGAGAGCGAACACACGAUUCUGCUCUACCACACUAGCGUACGCUGGCUCUCUCGUGGGCAAGCAUUGUCUCGCUUCUUCGAGCUCCAGGACGAAGUGAAAAUAUUCCUGAAGGAUCAGAAGAGCAGUCUCUUGAAGGACAUCGAAGGUCCGAUGUUCCUUCAGAGGUUAGCUUACCUGACGGAUGUUUUCGGCUUGCUCAACGACUUGAGCAUCUCCCUACAAGGCAGAGACUCCAAUAUGCUGAUCGCCAAACAGAAGCUCAAAGCAUUCGUCACGAGAUUGAUUGUUUGGCGACGGCGAGUGGAGUAUGGAAAUCUGACGAACUUCCCGUCUCUGCAAAAAGUCUGCGCCGAGGAGGGAGACACGAGUUCGACCGUGAUUGUUCCAGAAGUUGCGGCACAUCUGGACUCGCUGUCUCAAUCUUUCCACGGAUAUUUCGCGCCCGGGGAUCUGGAGAUUGGUGAGGAGUGGAUUCUCAAUCCCUUCUCCUUCGACAUGGAAAGGUUUUCCGACGACGAAACGUUGGAAGACGAGCUGAUCGAACUUCGCGUGGAUCGGGCCUUGGCAAUGGAGAUAAAAAUCAAGAGCUUGGAGGAAUUUUGGAGCUCGAUCAGAGCGGGCUAUCCUCGGCUAGCCGAGAAAGCUCUCCGAGUCCUGCUCCCAUUUGCGACAACAUAUCUCUGUGAGUCCGGGUUCAGUACCUUGUUGACGUUGUUGUUUGAGUUGUGCUGCUAUUCCAUCGUUGUCUUGAGGAGACUCCUUGAGCACUUUGGGGAUGACCGCUGA